GGGAUAUGUCAAGAUCCAGCGCAGUCAAAAAGAUAAAAUGUUUUUUUAUUUUGUAAUAUGCACCCCCAAUUAGAAGCACACAAGAACGAAGGUUGCGAUGCAGUGAUCGAAGCCUUAGAAGAAUGUCAUCGUGCAGGUACAUUUAACAAGUUUAUUGGUACUUGCAAUGCAGCAAAGAAAGCAGUCGACGAUUGUCUCCAAAGAGAGUUUCUUGCUCAACGUGCAUUAAAUAAAGAAAAAACAAAGGCUAAGAGAAAGAGAAUGGAACAGAUUUGGAAAGAAAUGGAAGAGCCGCCAGCUUAUUUAGAAGAAAGUAAAUAAAAAUGCCAUUGUGAAUAGUUUUUACUUUGUUGAUGGAUACAUAAAAGAAUGCUCUAUAGUACAGAUGUUCUAUAACAAAGGGUGUGUUACAUGCUUGCAAU